AUGGGGACUGCAGCUGCGGCAGCGGCGGCGGCCGGGGAGGGGGCGCGCAGCCCGAGCCCCGCCGCCGUGUCGCUUGGCCUGGGCGUGGCCGUCGUGUCGAGCCUGGUGAAUGGGUCCACGUUCGUGCUUCAGAAAAAGGGCAUCGUGCGCGCCAAGCGGCGAGGUACCUCCUAUUUAACAGACAUUGUGUGGUGGGCAGGCACAAUUGCAAUGGCUGUUGGCCAGAUUGGAAACUUUCUGGCUUACACUGCAGUCCCCACGGUCCUGGUGACUCCACUGGGUGCCCUCGGAGUGCCAUUUGGGUCCAUUUUAGCUUCUUAUCUUCUGAAGGAGAAGCUCAACAUCUUGGGCAAGUUGGGGUGUCUGCUAAGCUGUGCAGGUUCUGUUGUGCUGAUUAUCCACUCCCCAAAAUCCGAGAGUGUCACUACUCAGGCUGAACUGGAAGAGAAGCUGACUAAUCCAGUGUUUGUGGGCUAUCUGUGCAUUGUGCUGCUUAUGCUGCUGCUGCUCAUCUUUUGGAUUGCACCAGCCCAUGGGCCCACCAACAUCAUGGUCUACAUCAGUAUCUGCUCCUUGCUAGGGAGUUUCACCGUGCCUUCCACCAAGGGCAUCGGGCUGGCGGCCCAAGACAUCUUCCACAACAACCCAUCCAGUCAGCGGGCCCUCUGCCUGUGCCUGGUGCUUCUGGCUGUGCUCGGUUGCAGCAUCAUCGUCCAGUUCAGGUACAUCAACAAGGCGCUUGAGUGCUUCGACUCCUCUGUGUUUGGGGCCAUCUACUACGUCGUGUUCACCACCCUUGUCCUGCUAGCCUCGGCCAUCCUCUUUCGGGAAUGGAGCAACGUGGGCCUGGUGGACUUCUUGGGUAUGGCCUGUGGGUUUACCACUGUCUCUGUUGGGAUUGUCCUUAUACAGGUGUUCAAGGAGUUCAAUUUCAACCUUGGGGAGAUGAACAAAUCUAAUAUGAAAACAGACUAGGAUGCAACAGGGGUUUGGGUGGCUCAAGGAAUAGGAAAUGAAUGUGGUUUCUGGCUCUCAUUUGAUGUGAAGUGGAAGAGACCCUAAUCAAUGGUAUUAAAGUUGCUUGCAUGUUAAUGGGUGGUUUGAUGGACAGUGGGGAGCAUCACUCAGCACCAGGGCGGGGGCCCAGCCCUUUGCAGUCUGAAGUUGCUAAAUGGUUGCCUGGGCAUCAUCUCUCUCUGAUGAGAGGAAUCUCAUGUUCAUUGCCAUUAACCUGGAAGCUUUCAUGAAUACCCUUUCCUUUUAAAAUAUUUUAACAUUAUUUAAUAGAAAAUAAAGUUGGGCUCUUUCUGAUUAGUCUUUGCAGGGAGUAGAUAUUCUUAUUUAGAAGAUUACUUUGGAAAUGGGAGAAGUUGUUGUCUUGAAGUAUGACUAUGACUAUACAGUAAAUGUGUCCGUAGUUGUGUUAUUUUGCAUUAAGCAUGUAUAACAUUCAGGUACCUCAUCCAAAUGAGAAGUAUAUACAUUUAAUUUUUUUUAAUCCUCUAAUGAGCUGACUCUCCCACUCCAGACUCCAAGACAUUUUAAUUGAAAAUAGAGAGAGAAUACAUGAACAUGAUACAGAGUUCCAUUCACAGGAUGACUUUCAAUAGCUCAAGUCAAUUUCAGUGCCUUUAUCACUUGAACUCUUCACUUAAUUUGAUUACUAUGUGUAUGUUCUCUUAGAUUAGAAUAACUCUUUGAUUAUACUUUAAUAUUUCACUAAUCCAAAUAUAAAUAUGUAAAGCAUUUAGAAAUAACAAUAUAUUCAUUUGUUGGAAGAAAGUCAAGGCGAAAGACACGUAAGAGCAAAUUGAUCCUUUUAGCAUGUAGUUAUUAUCCAAUUAAAGACAAUUGACUUAAAUAGCAUAAGAUUUUAUUUGCAUUCGGUCUAUGCACCUGGGACCCAGUAUCACAUAUAUCCAUGUUCUCUUUCAGUGGCCAUUCAGAAGAAAUAAAUUAUUUAACUUGAUAAUAACACUGUUAGAUGAGAGAGUAACUGUUUAAUAGCAUAUAUAUCAAGUUCCCUAUAAUACAGGAACAGAUUAAAGGACACAGUGAAGCUCAGUCUAAUUUCUGCAAAUUGGAACACAUAUAGUAAAUUUUCAAAAGAAUUUCUAUCAAAAAUGAAAACAAUUAACAUAUCUAUCUCCCUGUUGUUUGAGAUGGCAGAGCAUUCUACAGUUCAUCACCCAACCUCUCAUUAAGCUUCUGAAAUGCAAAAUAGCCACUAACUAUGCCAGUAUUCAGAUCAAACAGAUCAUUCAUCUGUUUAUAGUAACCUUGUAUGUAUAUUAAAUGGGAGCAAAGCACAAAGUGAUGCAAAUUAUUUCAUUAAGAUAUAAUGUACUUCAUGUGCAGUGUUUUAUCUAAAUAGGGAACUGUGUCAAGUUGGAAGAUGGGAUUGGGUAAGGUAGAGUUGGAGAACUGGAAUAUCAAAUUUAAUAAUACCCAAUUGAAGUUACUAAGGGAAAAAAAUAUUAUUUUCAGGCUAAAAGAACAUUUCUAAAGACCAAAGAAAUUGUUCCCCAGAGUGUUGAACGAAAAAGCUAAAUGAAAUGAGGAUAAUUUAACAUAAAGUGAAGAACACCUUUAUGAAUUAAAAGUAAAUCUGAUGAUUGUGGGUUGUCAGGGCUGAAUGAACUGAGAGCAGCAACAAAAUUGUUUUAAAAUUUUUUACAUCUUAUAUUCACUGAUAGUUAAUAAAUAUUCAAAAGUCCCUCACUCUUUUUAUCAGCUCUUGAAGGUUUUUUUAUUACGUGGUAUUUUUAGGAAUGCAAGCCUUAAUUUAUUGAACUGAACUUUGGAAAAUGUCAUGUAGUUGUAUCAGUAUACUUUUAGGCAUGAAAAUAGUUUCCUAGAUAAGGAGUUUGAGAUAUUAAAAGAAUACAUGUGAUAACACAAGUAUACUGAGAAAGUACAUGUGUUUUAUAGAAAUUAUCUUAUUUAUUUUGUUAUAAUUUGCAGGUGAAGAUUAGUUUAAAUUCAUUUAUUAGUGUUUCUCAUUAUAUUUUAAUUCACAGUUAUACCAUGGGUAUUCAGGGGUGAUAUUUUCUGGAUGAUUACCCCUAUGAUUUUUUUAGAGUAUAACAAAAUCUGAAAGUAGUAAUAGCGGGUCUCUUCUUCAGGGUGACUUGUUCUGGAACAGUUAGACUCUCCUAGUUUUAGCAGAUUAUUUUGGUAGGAUGCACAGCUUUCCUUCCAGUAAACAAAGUUCUUAUGAUUGUAUUUCAAGUGUGUGACUCUAGCCUCAAAUAGUUGACAUGACCAGCAGUCUAAUGACCUAAUUUUCAAUUUUGACAUAGAGCAUAUAACUUGACUUGAAAUUAUUAUUAUUUUUACAAAUUCACAUUUCCAUAAUUUGGAAUUGCAAAGAAAAAAGCCUCAAGGGAGAGUUUAGGGGAGGGCCUACAAUGGGAAUGGGUCUCAUUGGUCUCUCCAAAAGUAAAUACAUAUAAAACAUUUCCAUUAUUAUUACAUUCCUUGGGUUUUAUCUCUGAUAAAGUAAGAAAAAAAAAUACCUACUGUCUAUUUGUUUUCAAGCCUCCUCUAAAAUCUUAUGUUUCUGAUCACAAUUUGCAAAUUUAUUCUGGAUAGAUACUUAAAUAAGCCAUUUCUUUCCUCUACUGUUCAAUCAAUGCUUUGUUUUCUUAUCUCAAUCUUUAUACUUAAAAAGAUUGCUUUCUUGUUUUGCUCAUUCGGAGUUAGCACUGAGACCACCCUGGGCAUUUCGCUGUUUGGGAGGACCAUUCCAUGUGUGUAGAGAAGGUUCAUAAGAGGAAGGGCAUUCUCCUCCUUGCCACACAUACAGCAAGAAUGUCACUAUGAUAUUUUCAUACUAGAAUGUUAGUGAAAUAUACUUUCCUGUUUUUGGUUCAGCAAUAAGACAUAUUCUUUCACUUCCUAAUUUUCAAGUCAAUUAGUUAUACUCAGUUUUAUUUCCAGAAGUUCAUUCCAGCUGUAGUAGGUUGAGUUUUGUUCUUUUUCUUUGGGUUUCAUGUCUGAUGGAAGAGAACACUAUUAACAUGUGCAAUUACCCCUCCCCCUCCUCCUUCCUUGACAGCUCCUCUCUUUGUAAAUACUGUGCUCAGUUCUAGAAGCUAGUUCCCUAGGCAUUUAUAAAGCACUGAGAUGCAGGAUCUCCCAGGUAUGGACAAACACUUUGGUUCAUGGAGACCAAGAUGUUGAUGAGCUGCGUAGUUCUUGUUGGAAGAUGAUACCUCUCUUUUCCAAGCUGCUCAACUAAUCUAGAAGAGGGGAGAAAGUGCUCCAAUUGUUUACAGAGCCAUGCCCAUUGCUCUUCUUUGAUGCCUACUUGAUCCUGAUUUAGGCCUCUUGUACAGAGUAGGAAACCAGAGAGAGAAAAAUGCUUUAGUUUAGACCUGUUCACAACUGUCUGAUUGGUUCCAGUGGUCUGAAGGAUUUGUCCUUCUCACUGUGUUUGAGACACCAAGGAAGUAGUAGUUCACCCAUCAAACAGGAUUAGAUGGAAUCUUGGUGUUCCACCUUCUCAGGGACCAAAAAUGUAACAUUAACAACUUAGCAUCGACCUUCUUCCCAAGGACAUGUCCAUGUUAGUUUUCAUAUGUUUUACUCGUAUUCAUAGCUGGAGGUCUGUUAACCUGAGUUGGAAAGAGAAAAGAUCUAGUUACACACGAGUCACACACCAUAAAACAGUUUAUCAUAUAAAAUACCUCAGUUUUCUGUAUUCCUCAUUUCCACCUCACAGUUGUACUGGUGAUGAAUUUUAAGGGUCUGUCCUUUAGCUUUGAGGUGAUUUUUCACAUCUGGCCAGAUUCUUAUACCUCCUUCAUAUACUUGAAAAGAUUAAGAAUUAGAGGAAUGAGAAUGAGAAUUUGGCCCAGUAUGACUACCUGUUUAUUUUCAUACACAUUUCUCACAUGCUAUUAAAUGCAACAAGAGAAUUAUAUUUUAAGAAAAUGUAACUUUAUGUUACAUAAAAAAAUGUUGUCUAGUAAAAAAUUGAUACUCCGUAGAACAAUGAUCAUGUAAAUAAAUCUAUUUCAAAUGUACCCAAUGUGAUAAAAAGCAUAGUCUAGGGCCCAGAGCAUGAGCCAGGGAGAAGGAUUUAUUUGUUCUUUUCUCUAUUUUUCCUUGAAUUGUGCAAUUCUAGGUGAGUCACUUAACCUUUCUGUGCCUCAGUUUCUCUACCUCUAAAGGGGUGAGAUGGUUCUCCAAAUCACCUGUUUUAGAGUGCUCACACUUUCAGCGUGUGUUGAUAGCUUCAGACAAGAGUGUUCUGUGCAGGAUUGCUCUGGAGUGAUACAGUGGAAGCUCAGCUUGCACUGGGCAUCCUGUUUGCUCAGGACUGUGUUACUGACAUGCAGCUUCAAGCACUGAGUAAGCAAAGGAAGUGCUGGGUGUAAAGUUUGCACGAUUCCAUGAAGCUUUAAUUUUCCUUUUUUUUUAUUUUAAAAGGAAGGGUUUUUUUAUAUUCUAUUAUAAAAUAUGGAAAUUAAACAGGGACUUUAAAAAGCUGCACUGAAAGAUCACAUUCUGUUGGUGUGAUGAGAUUUUCUGACAUUCUGCAUAGGUUUAUGUUCUGCAGAAGAUUCAGUGACCUGUGAACCAGAUCGAUUCUGUUGUGUUAGAUUUAUAAUGAAUGAUGCUGAACUUCCUGCUUCCAAGCAACUCAACCCUGACCAUGAACUACCUGAUACCAGGUAAAUGUCAGGAGCUCCCAAACCACUAGUGCCAAAAGGUCACGUUGAAAAGUUCAGACUCUUUCUUUUAUUUGUCAAAAUAUGAUAAUUUGACCCCCACCCCCAUGUCAGUGUUCUUGCACUUUGGAAUAAUUUAAGGGUACUGUUUUUCAGUAGCAUUCUUUUUAAAUAAUAAACAUUUCUUUCUUGUAAAAUGGAAUAUAACCGUGAAGGAGAUGAUGACAAGAUUUAAAAAAAAAUGUAACAUGUUGAUUGUUUGCAUAAGUUUUUUUUUCCUGUAAAUGUAUCAGGGGAGCUUCCAAUUAGCAUACAUACACACAUUGUCAAUGGCUAAGACUUGCUUAUAUUUUGCUUUAUAGAAGUAGUCACAGCAUGUUGUAAUUGCCUUAUGUAAAUAUGAAAGGCUAUUUAUUAAGUUUUCCAAUAAUAUUUAUUAACCUGUAUGUGUUUUAAAAUAAAAUAACUUAUUUCUAGCUGAA